AUGCCGGUAUGCCCAAUGAACAAUGAAGUGAUUGUCGGAGCUCAAAUAAUUGAUGCGGUUGAGUGCUGUCAUGGGUCACGUGCAACGAACUCCCCGUCUCCCUCCAAGGGCAGAACUCUCCAACCUCACCCGAGUUCUGUGAAGCAACGAAAGUCAUUCCCAACGCACAUCAUGGCGGGCAACUCCUCCCACCCUAUCCACAUCCACCCGGUUCGCCCGCUCUACCGCUUCACUGCAACCGCAUUGGGCGCAAGCAUGUGGUUCUUCCUCAUGUACCGGGCCAAGAAGGACGGUCCGGCUCUGUUGGGCUGGAAGCACCCUUGGGACCAUUGA